AGCUAUGACACCUUCUAAGCGACACGUUGUUGUUGACUUCGUCAUCACACCGCGACCAAGAAAAUGGCUGCGCGUGGGGUCCUUCGCUGCCUGUCUUCCAACUUUUUAUCCGUCUUACCUUCGAUUGCACCUUCGGUCCAACACAAUCCACGACUCCUUACAUCUAUAUCGUCUUUUCAACGUGCUCUCGCCACAUCCAGUCGGCUCUCUGCAGCGCUGAAAUUCACAGACAAGCACGAAUGGAUCAGAGUAGAAGAGAGUGGGGUAGGAACCGUUGGAAUCAGUAACUUUGCCCAGGAAGCUCUCGGAGAUGUGGUUUACUGUGGACUACCCGAAGUCGGCGCCAAGCUGGCUCAACAAGAUGAGUUUGGUGCCCUUGAGAGUGUGAAAGCUGCCAGUGAGCUGUACUCUCCUCUCACCGGAGAGGUUGUGGAGAUAAACACUCUGCUGGCUGAUAAGCCCGGACUGGUCAACAAGUCCUGCUACACAGAUGGUUGGCUGAUGAAGAUGUCCAUCGAUAACCCCGCUGAGCUGGAGGCUCUCAUGGACGAGAAGGCGUACGAGAGGUACAUCCGCUCCAUCGAGGAUUGAUCUCAAUCUCCCCGACCGGUCCCACACAAUGUUCACUACAAAAGGGGAGAGGGAAUAAGUUUUUCUGUACCACCGUUCUCUGUACCACCGUUGGGAGGGGUCAUGCACGUAUACCCAUGGCCAAGCGUCUACCGUUCUACACUGGAACGGUUAUAAGUAAAAUGAUCUUGGAUACAGUAUUAUUGACAGAUCUUCCAAUCACCCCGUCCACCUUUUAUUGACCAAUCAAUUGCGCAAACGGGGAUGAUGUAGUGUUUAUUGGCCCCGUGAUUUCAAACAACCUGAAGAGUUUUCUAGUCUUUUCGUUACUUAAGCAUUUCAAGUACGUUAAAGACUGAAUUACCCCUGUAGGGGAGAAGCCCUGUUGGGCCUUACCAUGAAGUAUAAGCACUGAUGUAACAAAGACCUUGUUGGUAACGGACAUGUUAGGUAGAAGGUUGAAUAAAAACAAAACAUUGGAAUA